AUGCCUGGAGAUCCACCUUGUCCCAUGGAUCCAUAUGUGGUCGUUCAUGAAUCUUCUCAAUUUGUGGAUCAACAAAUUAUUAAGCUUCAGGAAGCUCCAGAUCAAGUUCCGGUGGGAGAAUUACCACGGCACGUUCUUAUUUCAACCGAUAGAUAUUUGACAAACCGUGUGGUACCCGGUACGAGAUGUAUGAUCACUGGUAUAUUUUCUAUUUAUCAAAAUAAAAACACGAAAGGCUCCUCCACAACCUCAGCCGUUGCUAUUCGAACUCCGUACCUGCGAGCUGUGGGUAUUCAUAGCGAUGUUGAUCACACAGCAAAAGGAAACGCAGUAUUCUCGGAAGAGGAGGAACAAGAAUUCCUCGAGAUGUCGCGCAGACCUGACCUCUACAGUGUAUUCGCUUCCUGUAUUGCUCCGUCUAUUUAUGGCAACGACAAUAUCAAAAAAGCAAUAGCAUGUCUCUUGCUUGGUGGAUCUAAGAAGAUCCUUCCUGAUGGUAUGAAACUUCGUGGUGAUAUUAACGUCCUUCUCCUUGGUGAUCCCGGAACUGCCAAAUCGCAGCUUUUAAAAUUCGUAGAAAAGGUUGCUCCUAUCGCUAUCUACACAUCUGGGAAAGGAUCUUCCGCCGCUGGUCUUACCGCCUCUGUUCAACGCGAUCACACAACCCGAGAAUUUUACCUCGAGGGAGGAGCUAUGGUUCUUGCAGAUGGAGGUGUGGUGUGCAUUGACGAAUUCGACAAGAUGCGUGAUGAGGAUCGAGUGGCCAUCCACGAAGCUAUGGAACAACAAACUAUCUCGAUAGCUAAAGCCGGUAUCACUACAAUUCUCAAUGCACGGACUUCAGUCCUUGCUGCAGCCAAUCCUAUUUUUGGGCGUUAUGAUGAUCUCAAAUCGCCAGGCGAAAACAUUGAUUUUCAGACCACGAUUCUAUCGCGUUUCGACAUGAUUUUUAUAGUCAAGGAUGAGCACGAGAGAGGUAAAGAUGAGAAGAUGGCGAGACACGUUAUGAAUGUUCACAUGGGUGGUAGAGGGAGAGAAGAACAAGCUGAGUCGGAGAUUCCUGUUGAAAAGAUGAAGAGAUACAUCAGCUACUGUAAAUCUCGUUGUGCACCGCGUCUUUCCCCAGAAGCCGCCGAAAAGCUCUCCUCACAUUUUGUAUCCAUCCGAAAGCAAGUCCAUGCCACCGAGAUGACAACAAAUGAACGCUCUUCCAUCCCUAUUACCGUCCGUCAGCUCGAAGCCAUCAUCCGAAUAACAGAAUCUCUCGCUAAGAUCUCUCUCUCCCCUAUCGCCUACGAACAUCAUGUCGAUGAAGCAAUCCGUCUAUUCUUAGCAUCCACCAUGGAUGCCGUUCAACAAGGUGUUGCACAACAAGGAAGUAGAGAACUGCAAGACGAAGUCGCCAGAUUAGAGGAAGAAUUAAAGAAAAGGUUGCCCGUGGGAUGGAGCACAAGUCUAGCGACUUUGAAAAGAGAAAUGUGUGAAGGAAGAGGCUUUAGCGAAAUGAGCUUAGAGAGAGCGUUGGUGGUGCUGCAGAGAAGAGAUACCAUUGCUAUUAGAGGACAGGGAAGUCAGGUUUAUAGAAGCGGUGCAUAG